GAGAGACUGUCCAGGAUAGGUAUCUGUACAUCACCACGCUCCAUCCAGAACAAACUUUUGUCGUGGGAAGAACACCUUGAUAGCGAGAUACUGAGUUUGAAAGAGAAAUGGGCAAAUGGAGAUAAACAGAAGUAUCAGUUAAUUGGAGAUAACUGGGAUAAGACCAUUGUGCCAUCAUAUAGAACCAGUCAGUGUAAGACCUUAUCUCUGCAUUUGUUUCAUAUCAUAGCAGUUGUUGAUAGGAUUAUCCCUACACCUAGACAUGAAGCAGGAAAAAGACUUUCUAUCAGUGAUUACAUACCAUCCCUGGAAGAACAAGAAAUCUUAAUCCAGGAAUUAACUUUGCUGGUUGCAACAUCAGUUGUCCAGAAUUUAGAACAGAUCAACAAAGCCAUGGCGGACCUAUUUCCCAUGCAUUUGCAGCAUGAUCACAGCGAUAAAGUUGGCAUGAAAACCCAACAGUUUCCUUUGGGUCUUUUUGACUGCAAUGAGACAAAGAAUCAAGAGGUGAUCAAGCUGCUGAAGUUUUUGACAGAGAAAUAUGUACCCCUUGAUGGUGAUGAAGUAAUUGAUGAAGUCUUCUUUGGAGGAGACAGGUUAACAGAUGAGCGUGUUCAAGGAGUGCAACGAGCAAUGGAAAAUGCCGAAACUUCCAAGGGAAAACUACAAGGUUUUAUAUCAAAGAUUGAGGAUUGGUAUCGCAUGAUGAAUUUUCUUGACGUACGUUUAUGGGAAUUUGAUUUGUUUUGAAAUACGAUUGUCAUGUUCUAUCAUGCUGAUUUCCUGUGAAUUUUUUUUAAAGUUAAAUUGACCUCAAUAAAAACAGACUGCAUUUAUAGUAGUGAGGGUAGUAGUCUGAAGUAAGUAUAGGGUCACCAAUGACCUUGAUACCUAGGUCAAGGUCAGGUCAUAUUAGG